AAAGUUAUUUGCAAAAUGUUUGUCAAAGUAGCACUGGUAUGCAUUUUAGCAGCCUAUCCUUACGUUUGCGAAGGGGCCAGGUAUGGCUGCUACGCUAACCCCACAUCUGCUAUACCCGGGUGUAGCUGUACAUCCCAAUGGGUGGCCACUGACUACGUCUACAAAACUGUGGUAACAUGUCAAGGGAAUGUAGGUGCAUCGUCGGACUUUAAGGAUAACCUACGAAAACUAGAUGGAUACAAAGUGGACGACUUUAUAAUCACGGCCUACCCUAACACCCGACUCCCGGAGGAGCCCUUCACAGAUAAAACCGAAAUCAAACGAAUCAUUAUUCAAAACUCACCCAAACUGGAGGGGUUUGGUCCGAAGGGUGGAAAAGGGAUUUUCGCCAAUUUAGGAAAAUCAUUGAAGUCAUUGGUGGUGGCAAAUAACCCGGCUAUUCGUGAUGACGAAUGGGCUACUAUUGCUACGUCGCUCGCAAAUGGGGGCACAGAUGACCCUGAAGAAGACCCUGGAAAAGCUGCCGGCGAUGUUGUACUCAAUAACCUGGUCAUUCAAAAGCAAACAUUGUUUGACGACCUGGAUGCGUUCACCGCAUUGACCACCCUAGAAAUUCUUGUAUUACGCGGCACUGGAUUCACCUCGUUCAAAUAUGAUUUGACUGCUUUCACAAACCUCCAAGUCCUGGACUUAUCUGAGACACCGGCGCUGAAAAAAUUUGAAUUAUCCGCUGCACUUCCCGCCAAUUUGAAAACAAUAUUUCUUAGUGGCGGCAAGAGUGCGAACCUGGACUGCAACUGCGAUAACCUUCCCACAGGUUUUGUGAGCGAAGCCAAUGAAAAGAGAUUUUUGGGGGCGACUUGUGGUAAACCAGAUGCGGCUAAGGCUAAGGCGUUUGGCAGCUUUUGCGUACAGACUGAUUAUUUCAUGUCCAUGGCUGCUGAUGGCAAACCGCAAAUGUCCAGGUUGUAUUCAAAAUUGCUAUAGACUUACAGUUUGUGAUAAAGAGUCUCUCCGGAGAUUUCAAUAAUUUGUUAU